UCAAGUAAACUAAACAUUUUGGAUUGGAAAAACUGACAAGACUGAUGAAACCAGCAACGUGGUUUUUACGAAUCGCGAAAUUCUUCGUAUUUCACAAGAUAGUGGAAUAUUGUUCAAUUGGGGUUGGAAUGGACUGUAAAAAUUGAACCCGUUUAGUAAUAUCAUUUAAUCUACUAAUUCAUCAACAACAAGUGCAACAUCAUGGAUCUUCAAUUACUCCAGUUUUUAUCCAACCCUUCGGAUGCCAAUGCACAAUCUCGGGCAUUGGCGUACUUUGAGCAACUCAAAUCUUCAGACACUGGCUGGCAACUAGCAACUAAUACUCUCAUUAAUACAAAUUCUGCUGGACCAAGUUUAAACGAUCAUGUCAAGUUUUUUGCCCUUCAAGUUAUUGAAGUCUUCAUUAAACAGUCCUAUCAAAAGAGUUCUCCAUCUCAACAGCAAGCAAUGAAACACUUUCUCAGCCAAUGGAUUCAGUUACAGGUCUCUCAACCUGUACAAGACAAGGUUUUCAUCAGGAAUAAAGCAGCACAAAUAUUUGCCUUGGUGUUUGUUUGUGACUAUCCCAAGCGCUGGCCCAACUUCUUCACUGACUUGUUGCAAACUCUUUCUCUGGGUCCACACGCGAUAGAUCUUUACCUUCGCGUUCUUCUGGCCAUAGACUCGGAAGUUGUGGACCGGGAAAUUUUGCACUCUAAAGAAGAAGCCGACCGUAACACUUUAAUCAAGGACCAUAUGCGAGAAACUUGUGUGGAUUCCCUUGUGGACUCUUGGUACCAUAUCUUGUCGGUUUAUGAAACGUCGAAUACCGAUUUGGUAUGCCAAACAUUAGAAAUUGUUGGUGCAUACAUCGCGUGGAUCAACAUUGACCUGAUAGCUAACAUGCGAUUUGUGGACCUUCUUGUUCGAUUUUUGCGUGAACAGCCUUUGCGAGAGGCUGCUGCCGAUUGCCUUCACGACAUUGUUGCAAAAGGAAUGGAUCCGGUUGCAAAGAUAAAGCUCGUCGAAUCGCUUUUUUCAGUGUUAGACUCUGCUGGGAUUCUGAACAUCGACAUGGAGGAGGAUGUCGAUUACUUGUGCAAAUUAGCUCGUCUUAUCAAUUGCAUUGGGUUGCAGAUGGCUCUCAGUUGGACAAAGCUUAAGAAAGCUGGUGAUAAUGAUAGCGCAUGUGCUGUGAUGCAACUACUUGAAUCGAAGAUUCCUCUUUGUUUCCGGUUUUUAAGCCAUUCAGAUGAUGAUGUUUCUGCUAGUGUGAUGGAAUUUGUGAAAGAAUAUGUUCAGAUGUUGAAGCAGAAAGCGGCGCUCAACGAAACAGAACGACAGCAAGUGGAAAAUCUUCUGUUUAUCAUAUUCGAAAAGACUAAAUAUGAUGAAGGCUUUUACUUUGAUCGUGAUGGUGAAGAGGAAGCCAUUUUUCUUGAAUACAGAAAGCAGCUCAGAACGUUGUUCGACAACGUAGCAGUCCUUGAUCGUGAUUUAGUUUUGAACCGUGUACGAGAUUUGGUUAAUAUGACAUUACCCCGUUGGCAAACCUCGUCUUUCGCUGAAGUUGAGGCUGCCCUUACUUUCCUUUACCAGUUGGGCGAAGCGCUCCCCGUUUCUCACGGGAAUCAUUUUUCUGGAGACUCGGCCAAGGCAUCGGCGCUUCAGCCAAUGAUGCAGUCACUUCUGUCUUGCGGAGUGAGCAAUUACCCACACCCCGCUGUGACUCUAUGCUUCUUUGAACUAGUCGUUCGCUACGAGAAAUUUUUCCUGGUUGAACCCCAGUUUGUUGCUCCGACUCUGGUGGCCUUCUUAGACCAAGGAGGCAUGAGACAUGCGAACCCUAAAGUCCGUAGUCGAGUGGCCUACCUCUUCUCACGCUUCGUUCGUGCGGUCAAAACCCACAUGACGGAUUAUACAGAGGAUGUGCUCCGUCGACUGCAGGAUCUCUUGGUACUCAUUCCUGCUGAAAGUGGACCCCAGACGGCAUUGCUCACACAUGACGACCAACUGUUUAUUUUUGAAACGGCAGGACUUUUAAUUACGUCAGGAAACUUUGACGCAGAGAUAAAGAGAAACUUGAUGCACAGUCUUGUUUCGCCGGUUCUUGAUAAGUUUGCCGUACUGCUGGAAGAACUUAUUCGACUCACUCCUCAAUCCCCUAAUGCCGUUGGGGCGGCUGACGCAACCAACCAGAAAAGAAGGGCCAUAUUAGCCCAGUGUCUUUCUCAUGCCAUGUCGGCUGUUGCCUGGAGCUCGAAAGCUUUUACCAACAGUCAGAAUAUCAAAGCUUCGGGGUGUUUGUCCGUGUAUCUGAAAGCCCUUGAAGUCUUUCUUCGUGCCAUCCAACUUCCCGAGGUCGUCCCAGAAAUUCAAGCUGGUCUAAGACAAUAUUUACAUCGAAUGACUGUAUGUCUUGGUGAAGAGUUGCUUCCCUUUGUUCCAUCUGCUUCACAAGUUUUGCUCAAAUCAAGUAGCGUUCAGUCAUUGGCUGAGUACAUCCCACUGAUUAAUCAGAUCAUAGCUAAAUUCAAGAAACAAGUUGUGCCCUUCUUGACCCAGGCUUUUGCUCCUAUCAUCUCGUCUAUUUUUAACGCUCUUGCCGCUUCGGCUGCUUCCGUCAAUGACGAAGAAGCUCGUCUAGAACGUCAGUCACUUCAAAGAUCCUAUUUCUCAUUCGUUGCCGCCAUUGUCGGCAGUGGAUUGAUGGAAGUGUUGGCUUCCCAGGAUCCUGCAACUCUACAACAAGUCCUUGUCUCACUCGUUCAGGGAGCUGUUGAUUAUCCAGAUCCAGUGGCCCAGAAAACUUGUUUUUCCACUCUCCGCCGGUUAGUGGAAAUUUGGGGUGGAAAAGAUGGGCCAGCGGAGUUUGUCGAAUUUGUUUACAAGCAAAUCGUUCCGGCCUGCUUUUUAGCCCCACUGCGAGACACGUUUGACCUCAAUGACGCCCAGACUACGAUGGCACUCAGCGAAAGUGCCCUUUGCCUUCGAGCCAUCCUUGAAAAGAGGGGAGAUGAAGAACUUAUCACUUUUCUUCAGACUCAAUACUUGCCAACAUUGAAAUUGAAUCUGCAGCAGUCGCAAGAAUUUUGCAUGGCUUUAAGAUCUGACCAGAAGUUGUUCAAAUCCUACUAUAAGAUGUUCUUCCAGCAGGCCAGGGGAUUAUGACUAUUUGCUUCAUCAAUAAGUCCUAUGUUGGAAUUGUUCCAUCACUUUUGAUUAUCUUUUUUUAAGAAACCAAUUACUUUGGUUUUGGAGAAAAUUUUGUACAUUUUUUGGUUACAUUCGACUAGAUGCGUUGUCUCUUGUUUUAAUCGAGAAACGACAAGCUAAUAACAUGUUGGUCUUUGGAAAAGAAGAAAUUCAACUCACGGUUUGACUGCGAACUUAGCGAUGAUGAUUGUGCCUUGUUUGCCAGAUCGACUGCCACCACUCCCCGGUGACGGUCGUAUUUCCUCUUUUCAUAAAUUUUCUUUCUUUUUUUUUUGUUAUUAUUAUUUAAAUUUUUGGUCUGCAUGUUGUCAUAUCAAAGCGCUUAAAAUGAUAGGUUCAGGGACGGAAAGAGGGAAUUAGCUAAUUGCACAUAAUUAAGAGGAUUUGUAUCAAUCUGGAGAGUAUAUAGUAUCGCUUAUAUAUAUAUUUUUUUCCUCCCAUCACUCUAUGAAAUUGGUUCAGCAAGUCACCGUUGAAUUCUUGAAAACCUUUUCCCCCAAUCACAGUUUAGUUUCUCUUUUUGGGGUUUUGGUUUCGUUUCUGUUAAAAAAAAUUCUCGUGUAAAUACAAAUUAUUGUUCGA